UAACCCAGGAAGGGGGUGGGCAGGUCACUGGGCAGGUCUGGGCAGCUCCAAAGGAACCAUGGCAGCACUGUAAGAAGCUCUUCACAGGGGUGUCCAGCUCCUAGGGGCCAGAUGUGCAUAGCACGGGCCAGGCUGCUCAGCUGAGCCCACAGGGCAGGUGCUGCUGGUUUCGCUGAGAUGCCUGUCGUUCUUGGAGGCUGAGUGGACUGUUUGGCCAAAGGGCAGAGGCCCUCUCCAUCAUUCAGGAGAAUGACCGGACUCUGCCCUCUCAGGGAUUUGUGAUCUCCUGGAUGGAACGAGAGGAAGAGCUGCAGGUCCUGGAUCCCCAGGACUUGGAGAAAACAGAUAUCCCAAGGCUCACAGCAGUAGAUGGAUUUUUGGGUGACAAUGUGGUGGAGACGCCUGAUCCUGAGAAAACUGAUCUGCAUGGGACACUGCUAGGGGGAUCCAGCGGGGCCCUUCUCCAGAGUCCCAAGAGUGACUGCGAGGCAGGCUGGGAAUGGCAAGGCCCUCCGAGCCAACACACCCCCGGUGAAGGAGCUACAGGGAAUCACCAUGAUGCUGCUGCCCCACCAAGAGCCUUCACAGGGGAUAAGCCCUAUAAAUGCAGCGAGUGUGGGAAGGGCUUCAGCCAGAGCUCUGACCUCAUCCGGCACCUGCGCACCCACACCGGCGAGCGCCCCUACCAGUGCCCGGACUGCGGCCGGGGCUUCGGCGACAGCUCCACCCUGCUCAAGCACCGUCGCGUGCACACGGGCGAGCGCCCCUACAAGUGCACUGAGUGUGGCAAGGGCUUCAUCCUCAGCUCCUACCUCAUCCAGCACCAGCAGGUGCACAGCAGGGAGAAAGCCCACAGGUGUGCCAGCUGCGGGCGCUGCUUCGGCCAGAGCUCGGAGCUGGCUCAGCACCAGCGCGCCCACCUGGGCGAGCGCCCCUACCAGUGCAGCGAGUGCGGCAAGGGCUUCAGCCAGAGCUCGGACCUCAUCCGGCACCAGCGCACCCACACGGGCGAGCGCCCCUACCAGUGCCCGGCCUGCGGCAAGGGCUUCGGCGACAGCUCCACGCUCAUCAAGCACCAGCGCACCCACACGGGCGAGCGGCCCUACGUGUGCCCGGCCUGCGGCCGGGGCUUCGGCGAGAGCUCCACCCUCAUCAAGCACCAGCGCACCCACACGGGCGAGCGGCCCUACGUGUGCAGCGAGUGCGGCAAGGCCUUCAGCCUCAGCUCCACGCUCUUCAAGCACCAGCGCACCCACACGGGCGAGCGGCCCUACCUGUGCAGCGAGUGCGGCAAGGCCUUCAGCCUCAGCUCCAACCUGCUGCAGCACCAGCGGGCCCACUCCGGGGAGCGCCCCUUCGCCUGCGCCCAGUGCGGCAAGCGCUUCGCGCAGAGCUCCAACCUGCUGCAGCACCAGCGGGCCCACUCCGGGGAGCGCCCCUUCGCCUGCGCCCAGUGCGGCCGCCACUUCAGCCUCAGCUCCAACCUCGCCCAGCACCAGCGGGCCCACUCCGGGGAGCGCCCCUUCGCCUGCGCCCAGUGCGGCAAGCGCUUCGGCCUGAGCUCCAACCUGCUGCAGCACCAGCGGACCCACACCGGGGAGCGCCCCUUCGCCUGCGCCCAGUGCGGCAAGCGCUUCGGCGACCGCUCCACCCUGAGCAAGCACCAGCGCACCCAUGUGGGGCGGUGCCUCUAUGCCAGUGCACAGGGCACCCAGGGUUUUGGGGACAGCGCCACGCUCCUGCAGCAGCCGCACACCCACCGGCAUGAGCAGCCCCACCAGCGCGCCCAGUGCAGCAAGGCCUUCAGCCAGAGCUCUGGCCUGGCCCAGCACCAGCAUGCCCACAAGGACUGGCCCCUCUGUGCCAUCGCGCCCUGCCCCUAACCUCAGCCAUCAGGUCCUGGGAAGUGCCAAGGGGCCCUGCCCCCAACCUUGGCCAUCAGGCCCCAGGGAGGGAAACAUCCACCCAAGGCCCUGCAGCCCUCUGGCAACACCAUAGCAGCAUGGGACAAAGGCAGACCUCAGGCAGCCAGCCUUGGGCUCAGUGUCCCAGUGACUGUCCCCAUGGGCUGUGCCCCCAUUGGCUGGCAUGCACUGAUCCCCUGCAGGCUACCAGCGGUGCACUCCCAGAAGCUGUGCAGGAGCAGAGGGAAGUUCAGGCUUCAGCCAUGCAGAGCUACUAACUCCUGCAGAGCUGGCUGCAAGAGAGGCCCGACAUGCAGCAGCACAUCCUACUGCACAUUGCAAUUCACCCCGGGGCACUGCCCCAACCAGACACAUCCCUCUAGGAAAUUGGGUAAGAACCUGUUCAAACGCUGUGGGUCUCAAAGGUCGACUCACGCACAAACAUCGGCAUUGGCUUAUGAGAGAAUGGACAGAGAUCAUCUAGUGGAAUGAAGCAGGCAGGGUGAGACUAAUUCCCACUUCCCAGCAAUAACGGGAUAAAACUAAGAAAAAGAAAAUCUAGGCCAAACACUGGGGGAAAACUUUUGCCAGUGAGAUCCGUUAGGCUGUGGGUCAUUUCCCCAGCUAGGGGGCUGGGGCCCCAUCUCUUGAGUUAUUUAAAACUGAACUGGAUAAAAAGAGCUUUCUUUAGAAGUCACACACACAAAAUUGUCUCUAAAUGGAGGGAAGGAAUUAGGCCAAUCCCAUGCGGCAUGACUCAGGAUGGCAGCUGCUGUCCAGCUCCAAUGUGAAACCCUUGUAGGGUGUCAGAAAGGUCAGCAGAGUCGGGAGAGACUAUCGUCCAGUGGCAUUUUGGUAAGAAUUGGAAAGGAAAGGACCUGCUCAUUCAUGUGCAGUCAGUGAGGUGACACAAUUUGGGCCGGAGGUUUCUGACCUGGAAGUAAAAAUUUGUUCUCUUUAUUCUCAUUCUUUUUCUGUGUCCUUCCCAGACAAUGUGUGGUUCUGUGUGAGAUGUUUCUGUGAGGUCUGCAUUAGAGCUGUUUAAUGUAUAUACAGUAAAGAGACUUGUUACAUUUUAAA